AUGAAAUUCUUGGCCUUAGUAUCUGGUGGAAAAGAUUCUAUUUUCAAUAUCAUUCGAUGUAUUCAAGAAGGCCAUGAGCUAGUUUUAUUAGUCAAUCUUUACCCUAAAAGUAAUAUUUUAUCAAUAAUAUAAAUAGAUAUAGGCAAGGAGGCAGAUAGUUUUAUGUAUCAAAGUGUUGGAACCAACAUAAUUGAUGCUAUAUCUUAAGCUCUAGAUAAACCAUUAUUGAAAAGAGAAAUUGUAGGGAAACCAAAAGUCACAAACUUAGAUUAUCAAAGUAAUAAAGAAGAAAGAGAAGGAGAUGAAGUGGAAGAUCUAUUUUUAGUAUUAAAAGAAGCAUAAUCUUUGUAUCCAAACAUCAAAGGUGUUAGUUCAGGAGCCAUAGCUUCAACAUAUCAAAAGUUAAGAGUUGAAGAUUGGUAUCUAUUUUAAAAUAAAAUCAAAUAGUUGUCAAAGGUUAGGAUUAAUCUCUUUGGCUUAUUUAUGGAAUCAAGAUUAAUUUAGUUUAUUAGAUUAGAUGUUGUAGAACAAUAUGAACAUAAUAUUAAUUAAGAUAGCUGCUUUAGGUUUGACAGAAAAACAUUUAGGAAAAUCUAUUUAAGAAUUGUAUGAACAUUUUAAAGGAAUUGUAAAGAAUUAUAAAUAAUUUUAGCAUGAGAAAUUUGGAUUUCACCCAUGUGGAGAAGGGGGAGAAUUUGAAAGUUUUGUUUUAGAUUGUCCAUUGUAUAAAAAAAGAAUAUAGAUGUACUUAUUAUAAUUAUAAAAUUUAGUAAUGAAAGUGAGGUUAUUUGUCAUGAAAAUAAUUCUGUUGCACCUGUGUUUUAUUUAUUAAUAAAAAGUUAUUCAUUAAUUGAGAAGGAUUGA